GAGCUGGGGCGCGGGCGCCGGCUGGCGGGGCUCGCCCGGGACUGCCUCAGGCUCGCCGAGCGCGCCGCCGGCCCGGCCCGAGGGCCCGCCUGACCGCGCCGGCCCGCGCCCGCUCCUGCUCGGCCCGCUGCGGGGCCGCGGGGGCCGCGUCCGGGAGGCAGCGGCCGCCAGCGCGGGGCACUCGGCGGCCACCCCCCGCCCCGUGCCGCCGCCUGGCCGACCUCCGGGCUUGGCUCCGCCGCGCCCCGGCCGCGGCUUCUGGCCCGGGUUGCGCGCCGCUGGGGCGCGGGCGGGGUCGGGGGGCGCGGGGCCGCCGCUGCUCGCCCGCCGCGCGUCGGCGUCCCGGGCCCGGCGGCCGGCGAGCAUGGAGGAGAAGUACCUGCCGGAGCUGAUGGCGGAGAAGGACUCCCUGGACCCCUCCUUCACGCACGCUCUGCGGCUGGUGAACCAAGAAAUAGAAAAGUUUCAGAAAGGAGAAGGCAAGGAUGAAGAAAAGUACAUCGAUGUGGUGAUUAAUAAGAACAUGAAGCUGGGACAGAAAGUGUUAAUUCCUGUAAAGCAGUUCCCUAAGUUCAACUUUGUGGGGAAACUUUUGGGUCCCCGUGGCAAUUCUCUGAAGCGCUUACAAGAAGAAACCUUGACAAAAAUGUCCAUCCUUGGAAAAGGUUCCAUGCGAGACAAGGCAAAGGAAGAAGAGUUGAGGAAGAGUGGGGAAGCAAAAUACUUUCACCUCAACGACGACCUCCACGUUCUCAUCGAAGUGUUCGCUCCACCAGCAGAAGCAUAUGCCCGGAUGGGACACGCACUGGAAGAAAUCAAAAAGUUCCUCAUUCCUGACUAUAAUGAUGAAAUCAGGCAAGCACAGCUCCAAGAGUUGACGUAUUUGAAUGGUGGUUCAGAAAACGCGGACGUCCCAGUUGUUCGAGGAAAACCCACCUUGCGUACAAGAGGUGUACCAGCCCCAGCAGUAACCAGGGGAAGGGGAGGAGUCACAGCCCGGCCAGUUGGAGUUGGUGUACCACGAGGGACGCCGGCUUCCAGAGGGGUCCUUUCCACCCGAGGGCCAGUGAGUCGGGGAAGAGGGCUUCUCACUCCCAGAGCAAGAGGAGUGCCCCCAACUGGGUACAGACCUCCGCCGCCACCCCCAACACAAGAGACCUACGGAGAUUAUGACUAUGAUGAUGGUUAUGGCACUGCUUAUGACGAACAGAGUUAUGAUUCCUAUGAUAACAGCUAUAGCACCCCUGCCCAAAGUGGUGCUGAUUACUAUGAUUAUGGACAUGGACUCAGUGAAGAGACGUACGACUCCUACGGGCAAGAGGACUGGACUAACUCAAGACACAAGGCACCUUCAGCGAGGACAGCAAAGGGCGUCUACAGAGACCAGCCAUAUGGCAGAUACUGAUUGUACUGUCUGAUGUUGUGAAAUAGCCAAUCUCCACCAGUCCUGUAUACUGUUCAAAGUAAUUUUUUUCUAUGAACAAUCCCUUUUUAAAUAAAUCAAAAUGCUUAAAAUCUGAAUGGAUGGAACUUUAAAACUACUUUGUUGAAACAUCAACCUGGGCAGAAAAAAGGAAAAAAAAAAAAAAGACAUGUAAAAUUUUGUUAUUUCCAGUCUGUAUAUGAAAAAAAUAGGUCAUCAAAAGGAAAAAAAAAUAACUUUGAUUAACUAGUGUUAAACAAAAAAAUAGGUUUACUAAAUAUGUUAAUCCAUCCUUUUAACAUAAGCCUCACCUUUCAUUUUAAAGGUUUCCAUAGAAAUUUAGUUAUUUUAUCUUUCAGCCAUAUGCUAGUUUUUUUUUUUUCUCUUGCCAACAUGCGUAAAAAGGGAAGCCAAUUACAAGUGCAAAUAAUGUGGUAUUCUUUUGUAACUCAAGUCUUGAAAUGUUCUGUAGUGUUAAGCAAAGUCUCCUCUUGCUUGAUACUAAAUAAACUUUUGAAAGAAA